CUCAAGGUCUAACUAUACGGAAUGGCUCCUGGACUGCCGGAUAAAAAAAAGGCUGAGGAUGAACAGUCUUCCAAAAAGAAUCUCAUUCAUCUCUGCAACCCUCACCUUGAGCAAAUGAAAGAAGAUGUCCUGUACCAUUUUGCUCUUGGGACUGGUACCCAGGAUUUUCCUACCUUGUUUGGAGAUGUGAAGUUUGUAUGUGUUGGAGGAAGCCCUUCACGGAUGAAAGCUUUUAUCACCUACGUAGCUGAAGAGCUUGGACUCAGGACCCCUGGCUAUGACCAUCCUAACAUCUGUGCAGGGACUGACCGGUAUGCCAUGUACAAAGCAGGACCUGUCUUAUCAGUUAGUCAUGGUAUGGGUAUUCCCUCUAUAGCAAUCAUGUUACAUGAGCUGAUCAAACUGUUGCAUCAUGCCAAGUGUUCCAGUGUAACAGUUAUUCGCAUUGGCACUUCUGGUGGAAUAGGUUUGGAUCCAGGCUCAGUGGUCAUAACCAGGCAGGCUGUAGAUGCCACCUUCAAGCCUCAAUUUGAACAGCUUAUACUAGGGAAGAAUGUAAUUCGCAGUACAGACCUAGACGAACAGCUAGCUAACGAACUGAUGCAGUGUAGUAACGAGAUAGCUCAGUUCAAUACAGUCAUUGGAAAUACGAUGUGCACUUUGGAUUUCUAUGAAGGCCAAGCCCGUCUGGAUGGUGCAAUCUGCAGUUACACUGAAGGAGAGAAACUGCAGUAUUUGAAGGAAGCAUAUGAUGCCGGAGUUAGAAACAUUGAGAUGGAAUCGUCAGUUUUUGCUGCUAUGUGUAAGCUUAGUGGUAUCAAAGCUGCUGUGGUGUGCGUCACACUGCUGAAUCGACUUGAAGGGGAUCAGAUCAACACCCCUCAUGAUGUACUUGUGGAGUAUCAGCAGAGACCACAAAAAUUAGUGGGACACUUUAUUAAGAAGUACCUUGGGAAGGUGUGAAGCACCUACACCUGUGUUUGUUAUAAGCAGAAGGCCAGUGUUUCUCCAUAAAGGUCUCUCUUGCUUCCAAUAGCUUAUAUGCUACCAAAUAGUAUUGAGAUGAAUACUUUCUUUGCAGUAUGCUUCAGUAAGAGAAUGAGCUGAAUUGUUUUAAAUGAAGUUUUAGCUUAUGUAUAUUAUAGGGGGCAUAAGAUAUUUUUCACUUCAGUACCUUAAAAUAGUAUAAUUAUGUACAACAGGUCCUAUGUUAUGUAAAAAUGAGAUUUUAUUUAUGCUCUAAGAAAGAAGAUAAAGCAUGCUUCUUUAAAAGGACUUGCAAAGCCAAAAAUUAAAAUAUAUAAAAAAAAUCGCUACAUUCCUCAUUGUAUCAAAAAGUCAUGUCAGCUCUUAAAAUUGCCUUUGGAACUUCACUUCAUACAACUAAACUUUGGUAACCAUGUCUUCAAGAAGCCCUUAGUGUUUCGUCUGUGACAAGUCGGACACAUCAUUCUCACAUUUUAAUUAUGGUUUUGAGAAGCAAAAAAGCAUGGACUGAAUUGCCAAAGCUUUAAGGACCUGAUUCUAAGCUGUUGUGAGAGCCCUCAGCUCCCAGGCAGUGAUUUAGCAAAGCACUUAAUUAAGUCCAUGCCCUUUCAGCAAAGUACUUAAGCACAUGAAUAACUUUAUGCUGUGGAACUUUCAUUUUGCCAGAUACAGGCCUUCAAUAGCCUCAAUAAGGUCUGAAGAUUUUGCCAGAACUCUUGCAGGGUUGCAUCUGACCGACUUAUUUUUUUUCUCCUCCCUGUUCUGCCCCUCCACAUCCUCCAGAGAUGAUAGGCUGUCCUGUAAGCACUCCUGGUUCUUUUGGAGAACUGCAGAAAACUUGUAGCUACAAAUUUGCAUUUGAUCCUUUGGUGUAGCUUCUCUGGUGUAUAGCAUUGCUGCCAGCAGAGUAGUGGUUUUUAAAUGUCAUCUUUCACAAUUUUGCCUCUGCUAAUAUAACAAACCUGUCAUUAUAUACAGGGAAAGUGCAUUGCUUUCUGCAAAGAAUGUUUUACCUGGACUAGGAGUAAUAGGAGUCAUGGAUAAACGGACCCUAAAACACAGCAUUGAUCUAGACCUAGCAAAUUUCCUUGAGGAAUAUUGCAGUCAUCAACACUCUGAGAACUGCUUCAGGCUGUACCCAAAAGGGAGUGAAGAGUUACAGAUGUAUUCCCCAUGAAAAUGGGGAAAAUGAUGAAAGCAAUUUUGUAAAAAAGCUAUCAGUAAAAGUGCCAAGGGUUAAAGCUUUUAGAAGACAGUUACAGUGGGCUCUUAAUCUCAUAGAUUCAUCAAGCGCUAGGUAGAGAAAAGCUCCUGCUGGCCCUACCUGAUCAUGGGGAAGAAUAUAGCAAAGGAUGUCUUUCCUCAGCAACCUUGUGCAUUCAGGCAGCACUCCGGGAGAAAAACAGGAAGAAAUGUUACUUUUUAUAAGAGGCUGCACCCCAGAGAGGAAAGAAACCUGCAAGUAGCUGGGCACAUCUCCACAGUAUGGAUAUUUCCAGAGACAGAAGGGACAAUUGGUUUACCAGGACAAAGAACUCAAAACGAUUUCUCCAGGGUGUUGUGUAGAUGAGGGUGAAAGGUAGUAUUAAGUCAACAGAUGGCAGCAAGGGAAAAAAACAGACUGUAUUUGUAAGUGAGAAGCAGUCUGUUUGCAGUCGGUAAGGGGCAGUAUUAUACUGUGCAGUCUUAGUAUAGGAGUUUAAGUCUGUGGUCUUGUGGAAACAGUAAAAAGAGGAAAGAGUAGAGAGAUUCUGGAGCUUGUUUUAGAUACAGAAAAUAGAAGAUUACUUAAGGACUCUUAACAAAUCCAUCCAUUUAGAUUAAAAAGGUCAUAUUAGAAAUCAGACAUAGCAGUCAUCUCUAUACAGCCUACCAUGAGCAGUGAGAAAGCAGCUAGCUGCCACCCUCCUGCUGAAAUGUAACUCAGACUUUGGCCUGGCUUAACCUAAGCUAAGGUUCCAGCUUUCCGGAAUAGCAUUUGCUUCCUACUAUGAUGUUGGAGAACAGCAUUUCAGUCCCUGGGCUCACUUCUUUGAAAAGUUUAGUCACUAAAACCCAAUCUAGUGUGUUGAUCCUGGCACUUACUUGCUAUAUCUAUAUAGAUUUUCUCUUUCUGAAAGCAUUUCUGUAUCUAUCAUGCAGAAUACAGAAGACAUCUCUGCCAAGAAACUGCUCAGAAACAAACAAAUCCAAAAUAGAUCCCACAAUAAUUCAUAUAGUUAGCAGUUUUCCACAGUUUAAUGGGAAGCUGCAAUGCAGCCUUCCUUGCAGUGCUGUAUUCCUAAAACCAGAGUGUUAUGUAAGCAUAAAAUCUAGCCCACACCCCACCUUCAUUUCUUCAUCUGGAAUGGAAAGUGGCACCCACCAUGUUUCCUCCUUGUUCCAGAGAAAACUUCGCUGAAGCAUUCCUUCACAGUAAGUACCAAGUUGUCUACUGGCCAAGGAAGGAAGAAGGCACCCUGAAGAGUGCACUUUGUGGUCCAAGUCUCCUUCCUUAUCUUCUCUUGAGAUUUUACAUACAAGUUGGUGGGAUUGCCGUGUGUUUAACAGGCUUGUGUGUUUUAAACUAUCCUUCUAACAGA